GUUUUCCCUGAUCAAACCAGCAUCAGAAAAGGUUGCCUUGUAGAAGCUACGAAUAAAAAACAAAUACAGGAAUACUGUGACAAAAAUGAAGUCAUCUAUCCACGCACAUCAAUCCAGCUGGUAUGUAAGAUCCUAAUAAACGAAGGGCUAUAUAGGCUUUAGGAACGCCUAAAAUCCUUCAGAGCCAUUCUGGUUGUUUCAGAAAAAAACUUGAAGCACACUUGAGUACCCAAAUUCCUUAUCUGCUCGAUUCGAGUUUCACUUUUGAAAUUACCAGAUUAGAUUUGGGCACCCCAAAGGCCCUCUCCUGUUAAUUCAGGUUUUUUCUGAACAAAUUAACAAAAGAACAUAAUGAACGGGCUGGCAUCAGGAGGCCCUCUCGUGCGGUCCGGCACGACAAUCCGCCGGGUGAGAAUCAAUGUCGGUGGGAAAAUCUUUGACAGCACUGCGGCUACCCUUCAGUCGGCCGGCAAGUCAUCUCCUUUGGCAAGGUCUGCACCGAGUCUGCCAUCAGACUCGGCCGAAAUCUUUUUUGAUCGCGAUCACCGGCCCUUCGCCCUUCUCCUUGCCCUCCUCCGUACGGGCAAGUUGCCUGCGGCGUCGAAGUCUUUUGACCUAGAUGCCUUGGUAGAGGAGGCUGAAUACUAUGGCAUGCUGGAUCUGCUCAAAGCUGCUAUGGCCCCUUCGAGAUUGGAUGGCCUUGACGUUGGCAGGGUCCAGAUGGUAGUUUCCAAUGGGCGGGAUUUCCCUUCGGCCCUGAGUGCAGGGGCUGAGGGGUCACUGUGGGUUGGACAUGGGGGCAAAAUUACGGCUUAUGAUUGGGCCCUUAGGAAGCAGACCACUACACUUACAGAACUAGAUAGGGUCGAUUCCCUGCACAGGAUUUCUGACAGCCGAGCAGCAAUUGGGUCCAAGGACUUCCCAGGGCUUCACAUCUAUGACACAAUGAAUGGCACACAUGUGAAGAGCAUAGCUUGGUCUGACCGUAAUGAUACUCGUAUAUAUCGAACAUGUGUUCAGUCAGUCACCUCAUCAGGAUCAGCAAUUUUUGCCAGCUUUGAGACUGGGCAGCACACAGACAACACAAUUCUCAUGGUAGACAAAGAAAAUCUCCAAAUCGUGAAGGAAAUUGGCCGAGAGAAUGGCCAGUCAGCACAUUCAAAAGUGGCCACUAAAUUGAUGUACCUGGGUUCUAAGGACCUGCUCAUGGCUACUGGUGUACAUGGUGGGACGUUUGGUUACAGCAGUUAUACACGGCUCUGGGAUGUGCGGGCCGAUAAAAUCGUAUGGGAAUGGAAAGAGCCUAAUUCAAACGGAGACGCGAGGGUCAUGGAACGCGACAGCUUUGCAGAUGUAACAUACAAUGAAGAUUUAGCUGGUAUUUUUAAGGUGAGUGUGAUGACAGGCAAGUUAGCCAUGGCUGACCUCAGGCAAUUGAAGCCCCAGGACCCGUGGAUGCAUAUGACUGAAACCAAUCCUGCCCUGGCAGUUAAUGAAGGGAGGCCAGAUGCUAAGCUGUUGGGCUAUGGAAAACAGAUAUUUUGUAGCAGAGGUGGGGAUUUGGAAGUAUGGUCUGAGGUUCCUUUAGCAGCUGCCAGUGCGGGUUUGAAUGAGAAAGAGUAUCGGGAGACCUCGUUCAGGAGGAAUUUUAUUGAGCACAGCAGGAGACAUACCGGGCAGGAAGUUAUGGCCCUUGCUGCGGGUGGGGAUAGGCUUUUUGUGGCAAGGGCAGAGAUGCAGGGGGUUGAAGUUUGGGAGACUCACCGUCUGGUUUCUUCAGAGGUUGCCCUGUAGAGAAUCCUGGAUAGGAAGGAUGCAUUUUCUAUAUAUUUGUUUCUAUAUUUCCCCUAUACUUUUUGGAAUUUUUUUGUUAUUCUUUGUUCUGGAUGCUCAAGAAAGCACUCAUUUGGGUUGCACUGCAAUAUUUAAGUUUAAACAUGGUGUGGCUUAUGCCAGGUUUGGGUCAGUCCUUAUUCCUUCAAAUUCAUCCGGAACUUGCGCUAUCAUUACAGUUGGGAAGUCUUUGUUCUGGAUGCUCAAGAAAGCACUCAUUUGGGCUGCACUGCAAUAUUUAAGUUUGGAAAUGGUGUGGCUUAUGCUAGGUUUGUGUUAGUCUCUAUUCCUUCAAAUUCAUCCAGAACUUGCGCCAUCAUUACAGUUGGGAAGGCCGCAGUAAAAUGAAACCUCAAACCUGUUUUGGAUGCUUGAAGCAACUUGCUCCUUUGGACUUUAGUGCUGCCUUGAGCUUGAAUAAAUUUUCCAAAUCAGACGUUACUCCUCUUUAAAAUGCUUUUCGGAACAUUCUCAAUGGCUGCUUCCAGUACAUAGCAUGGGCAUAGACCGGCUUACAAGUUGGGCCUGAGAAGUGUCUGUACCGUGAAGGUUGUCAAAAAUCUUCAUUCUGGUUCUGAAACGAAAGGAUCGCGUGAAGCCUCAACGGUGAACCAAGGCCCUGUUUUUGUUUGAUCCUUGUCUUGUAUGUGCCCUUUGGCUCUAGUUGUGAAGAGAAGUCGGUAAAACCAAGGCUUUAGAAUCGACGUUAAGCAUAAAAUGUACAGAAAUUUUUCUCAUUCACUUCUGUACAGUUUUUUUAAUUUAUUGGAAAGAAUAUUACUUUAAAUCUUUUUUAACCAAUCCACAUACUUUGGGGUUGAGUCUGGAACCUUGAUUGCAGCUUAAAUUGUAACUGCUGCUGUAUUUUGUUUUCUUUUGUUGCCCGGGAAUUUGAUUUCGGUGCUUGGACUAUGACUAAAGCAAUUUCUGAUUGUUUGUCGUAGUCAAUCUUUCCAUUUGAAACCAAAUAGAAUAAAUUAUUUAUUUUAAAUUUAAA